AUGUUGAGUUCAGAGAAGGGCAAGACAUUUGGCGGAAAAGCUGCAGCAAGGGCUGAUGAACCCUACUCCGGAGAUAUCGAGGGUUCUUCAACAGUCUCCUCUACAGAGGCUAUAUGCCGGAGUCGCCCCAUAGACCUUGCAUUUAUAAUAGACAGCUCCCGCAGUGUCCGGCCUCAGGAGUUUGAAAAAGUGAAAACCUUCUUGGCCAAACUGAUUGAAGCCUUGGAUGUGGGGGAAAGAGCGACUCGUGUGGCGGUGGUGAACUAUGCCAGUACAGUCAAGAUUGAAUUUAAUCUUCAGAAGUACUUUGACAAAGCUUCCAUGAAGAAUGCCAUCUAUCACAUCCAUCCAUUAUCUGUGGGGACUAUGACUGGCUUGGCCAUCCAGACAGCCAUCAACGAAGUUUUCACCAGAGACGGAGGGGCAAGGGACUCUUCCCAUGACGUCCCUAAGGUGGUCAUUAUAGUGACCGAUGGCCGACCUCAGGAUCAGGUUCAUGAGGUGGCUUACAAGGCUCGAGCCUCUGGAAUCGAGAUUUAUGCCGUUGGGGUUGACCGAGCGGACAUGGAGUUCUUGCGGCUGAUAGUGAGUGAGCCGGUCAAUGAGCACGUUUCUUAUGUGGAGACCUAUGGUGUGAUAGAAAAGCUGGCUUCCAAAUUUCGAAAAACGUUCUGUGCUGUGGAUGUUUGUGCCCUUGGGACCCACAAUUGUGAGCAACUUUGUGUGAGUAGCGAUGGCUCCUGGCGCUGUGAAUGCUAUGAAGGGUACACCUUGAAUCCGGACAAGAGAACUUGCUCAAGAAAGGACUGUGUACCUGGGACUCACAAUUGUGAGCAAAUCUGUGUGAGUAGUGAUGGCUCCUGGCAUUGUGAGUGCUUUGAAGGCUACGUCUUGAAUCAAGACAAAAGGACUUGCUCACAAAAGGACGUUUGCACAACUGGAGACCAUGACUGCGAACAGAUCUGUGUCGCCAGCGGUGACUCUUGGCACUGCGAUUGCUUUGAAGGGCACACCUUGAAUCCGGACAAGAAGACCUGUUCAACUUUGGACGUCUGUGCGCCUGGAACUCAUGACUGCCAACAAAUCUGUGUUCCCAGUGGCAGUUCCCAUCGUUGUGAAUGCUAUGAAGGAUUCAGCCUGAAUGCAGAUAAGAAAACAUGCUCAAGAAUAGCAAGAAGCCGUCUUCCUCCUACGACAACGGAAGAGGCCUGUAAAUGUGAAUCACUUGCUAAAUUUCACAAGCUGGCCACUUCAUACCUUGAGGCAAUAUCUACAAAACUAGAUGAUCUGUCCAAGAAAUUAGAAGCAUACCAGUAUGGAGCAGAGCAUGUCUAGAGCUGAAGAACCUGCUGCAAUUAAAAACAAUUCCUGCCUAUUGCACUUUGCAAGCUUUUCUUUCAAAGGAGUUGCUUUGUGGUUAAAAAAAAAAUGUGCAAAUGUGUGUAGUGAUGUCACUUGUGUAAUGCACAUAAUUGUGUCUAAUCAAAGAAAGUUCAUUCUGCAUAAAAAUCAAUGUUGUUUUUAUAGUUGUAUGCACUGUGCAGUGCAUAUUUCUACAACUAUAUUUGAAUGCGGUGGUUAAAACUAAAACUGCCCCUCUCAUAUCCAACCAUUUAUAGGUACAGAUAAAGCCAUCUAAAUAGUUGUGGCUGGUAUGGUGCAUUGUAAAAACUUUUCUGCAUCUGGCAAAGUAGACUAUAAAUGCUAUCUUCUAUCUCUGAUUUCCAUUUAAAUGAUAUUUCUUUGCCUUUAGAGACAUAUAUGUCCAGUGGGACAAGCCACUCUAAAUGACAUUCAGGUCCCUUUAAACCCAAUUUUUUAAUCCAGAAGGACUCAAAAUAUAUCAGCAGAAUGGACUGGCUCAAAUAUCACUAUUAUGUGGAUGAAACACAAUGUACAGCGGAAGGUUAAAAGCCCUUAACAUUAUUUGCCGCCCUAUGGCACAUGUUAAUGUAAUUUACAUCUUGCAGACUUUAAUUUUAAUAAAGAUCAGCAUACUCUCGAAAUGUUUUCUUUUCUUUUCUAUGUAGCUCUGUGAGAAUCUAUACAAUACAUUAAAAAACAGGAAAUUUGUUUGUCACUGUGAAAGCGACUUAGCCCAUGGUUCAUUGAUUCAACGAGAGUUCUUAUCUUAAUAUAAAGGUAAAGGUACCCCUGUCCGUAUGGGCCAGUCGUGACCGACU